CUCAACUCUACAAUUAUGUCUAGUGAAAGAAUUGCGCUCUGGGCACCCAUUCCAAAGCCAUCAUCUAGGUUAGCGCGAUAUCGCGUAUUAUCCCCUCACGCCGGCGUCCAUGUCUCGCCCUUGCAGCUCGGUGCCAUGACCAUUGGUGACAAGUGGGAUAAGUUUGGGAUAGGUGGUAUGGAUCAGACAUCCUCAUUCAAGCUCCUUGACGCCUUCUACGAGUCCGGGGGAAAUUUCAUUGACACUGCCAACAACUACCAAGAUCAAAAAUCUGAAGAGAUCAUCGGAGAGUGGGCAGAGGAACGGGGGAUCCGUGACCAGCUCGUGAUCGCUACAAAGCGCGGCAACGACUGCCAUUCACCAAAAGGUAACAUAUACCGGCAACUAACGUCAAGUCAAUGCACCUCAGCGUUGAGGGCCAGCUUGAAGAAGCUGAGGACUUCAUACAUCGAUAUUCUGUACGUGCAUUGGUGGGACUGGGACACCUCCGUCGAAGAGGUCAUGAACGGUCUGCAUAUACUAGUACAACAAGGGAAAGUGUUGUACCUCGGUAUCUCAGACUCUCCUGCUUGGGUCGUGUCCAAAGCGAACCAGUAUGCUCGGGAUCAUGGAAAAACACCGUUUGUGAUCUACCAAGGUGCUUGGAACGUCAUGCUUCGGGACUUUGAACGGGAUAUCAUACCAAUGGCCCGCUCUGAAGGUAGAUCAAUGUUGUUCCUCGCUGUCUUGCGCUUGCCCCUUGGAACGUCCUUGCCAGGUGGAAAACUUCGAAGCGACGAAGAAGAGGGAGCGCCGCCGGCAGACGGGAGAGAAAGGCCGCACGCUUCUACAACUCCCAAUUGGGAACGCAACGAGACGGAAAGAGCGAUGAGCACAGCGCUCGAGAAGGUCGCUAAAGAAAAGACGCCCUAUGUGUUCCCGAUUAUUGGUGGGCGAAAAGUGGAGCAUUUGGAGGCCAACUUGGAGUCUCUAACGAUUUCGCUGACUACCGAGCACGUGAAGUAUUUGGAGAGCAUCGUUCCAUUCGAUCCCGGCUUCCCCUCCACAUUCAUCGGUGAUGGCAAGCAAUACAAUCAUCUAUUGAGCCAUACUGCAUAUGUGGAAAAGCAGCCGCAGGGGCAGCCCAUAGUUCCAGACGUUGAUUAG